AUAAUCCUAUUGGAGGACGUGUUUGCGUUGGGGUCGAGUGUAAACCUGGUCUUCCCAUUGCUGCCCAUCAAUAUGACGACAAUCAUUUAUGAGAUGCCGGCGCUCACUGACGACCAGUGCCAGUGCUAUGUCCGGCAACUGCUCGAUGGCGUACAUCACUGUCACACCAAUGGUAUUAUACACCGGGAUCUCAAACCCAGUAACCUAUUGAUCGACUGGAACGGCAUAUUAAAGUUAUGCGACUUCGGUCAGGCCCGGGCACUCGAGCCCAACCUAAGUAGAGCACCGGUAUCUAAUGAUGACGAGUCAAACGAUAGAGACAGCGGACACGUCAGUAAUAAUGGGGAAAGGGAUGAUCAAAACCCGGCACUUUCGCAUCAGGUAUGCACUCGAUGGUACCGGUGUCCUGAACUCCUGUACGGCGCCAACCAUUAUGAUUACGCGGUAGAUAUGUGGAGUGUGGGCUGUAUCAUAGGGGAACUCCUACAGAGAUGGCCACUGUUUAAAGGGGAGUCCGAUAUCGAGCAGUUGUCGCGUGUGGUGCAGGCAUUGGGCGCACCUCCCGAGGAAUGGCAGGAUGUGAUGCCUGACUUCAAUAAAAUACAGUUCACUGUUAGCAACGACAGCAGCGCCAAGAGUUUAUGGCUCCGAAAGUUAGAGCGUAAGUGUAGGGGACAGGCCUUAGCCACCGAUUUAGUGGUCAAACUGUGCACAUAUAAGGACAGACUGUGCGCCGAACAGACCCUUCGACACCCAUAUGUCGCCGAUUGUCUCGUUAGACAGCAUUUGCUGAUUAAACCACAAUUUAUUAAGCAUUUAGUGGGACCACCAAUGAGUAGGCAAUAG